GCCGCUCCCCGCGCUCCCGCCGCUUCGCUCUCGUUCUCGGGGUCCCUCGGCACUAGUCCCGCUCCUUGGACCGCGCAGCCUCCGCCACCGCCGCCCGGCCCAGCCGCCGUCAGCCCCGAGGCUAGCCCGGAUGGCGCUCCCGGCUCGGAUUUGGUUUAGAAUGCAGUAACUCAAUGAGUUCAACAACUGUCUAUAAGCAUCCUAUGAUAUGUUCUCUAUAUUAAACAAUCAGGAGAAAUACCACUUUGUUCACUUAAAUCUAGAGUAUUAAGAAAGGAUCUGUGCUCUUUUCUACUCUGAUGGGAGAGAAGGAAACACAGAAAAAAUUAUGACAUCAGCAUCCAAAGGAAUUCUCCGCCCAUUUUUAAUCGUGUGCAUUAUCCUGGGCUGUUUCAUGGCAUGUCUGCUUAUUUAUAUCAAGCCCACCAACAGUUGGAUCUUCAGUCCCAUGGAGUCAGCAAGCUCAGUGCUGAAACUAAAAAAAUUAUUCUCCACCAAAACUUAUUAUUUUAAUGAAACUGUUAUUCUGAUUUGGUUGUGGCCAUUUGGACAAACCUUUGACCUGACAUCCUGCCAAGAAAUGUUCAACAUCCAAGGAUGUCAUCUCACCACAGACCGUUCUCUGUACAACAGAGCUCAUGCAGUUCUGAUUCAUCACCGAGACAUCAGUUGGGAUCUUACUAAUUUACCUCAGCAGGCUAGGCCACCCUUCCAGAAGUGGAUUUGGAUGAAUUUGGAAUCACCAACUCACACGCCUCAAAAGAGCGGCAUUGAGCACCUGUUCAACCUCACUCUGACUUACCGUCGUGAUUCAGACAUCCAAGUGCCUUAUGGGUUCUUGAUGGUGAACACAAACCCCUUUGUGUUUGAAGUGCCAAGCAAAGAGAAGUUAGUCUGCUGGGUUGUAAGUAACUGGAACCCUGAGCAUGCUAGGGUCAAGUAUUACAAUGAGCUAAGCAAAAACAUUGAAAUCCAUACCUAUGGGCAAGCAUUUGGAGAGUAUGUGAAUAAUAAAAAUUUGAUUCCCACCAUAUCUACUUGCAAAUUUUAUCUUUCCUUUGAAAACUCCAUCCACAAAGAUUACAUUACAGAGAAGCUCUACAAUGCUUUUCGGGCUGGCUCUGUACCUGUUGUUCUGGGGCCAUCUAGGGAAAACUAUGAGAAUUAUAUUCCAGCAGAUUCUUUCAUUCACGUGGAAGAUUAUAGCUCUCCCAGUGAGCUAGCAAAUUAUCUGAAGGAAGUUGACAAAGACAAUAAGUUAUAUCUUAGUUACUUUAAUUGGAGAAAAGAUUUUACAGUGACUCUUCCACGAUUUUGGGAAUCACAUGCAUGCUUGGCUUGUGAUCAUGUAAAAAGGCAUCAAGAAUAUAAAUCUGUGGGUAAUUUAGAGAAAUGGUUUUGGAAUUAGGGUUUUAAAUCAUGUACACACUUGGAAA